AAAUGCCCUCGCAUAUUUCUAUUUUUAUUGUAGAAAAACAGGGGAACCAGAAAAGUGCUCGCGUCCAAACCCGAAGAAAAUCACGUUUCGAUUAGCGACAAAGUGGACCCAAGCUCAGGCGAGCGAAAGAAUCCUUGUCUCGACGUCAACCGGCUGCCUCUCGUUUCAACCGCCGCUGUCUCCGCCAACCGACAGUUGGUGCAAGGGCAGCCACAACAGAAGGCUGCAGAUCCUGUCAAAAUCACCCGCCCCCAAGACGCAACGCACCUCUCGCGCCCGUCUCCGAAUCCUCGGCUCUCUCUCCGACUCGCCCUCGCCCUCGCCCUCGCUUCGUUCUUGACUCCUGACCACCAUCCUUGAUGCGACUGUCUUGCUUGGGAUGGUCGCUGUGGCUGACACCUUUUAUGCAAGUACCAGCCGACCUUCUCGCUCGGCCAGCAGGCCUCGGAAAGCGACGAGCACAUGUCCCGAUCGACUGAGGAUACGGUCCAGUCAGAGAACAGGAGCACGGGUGGACUUGCCAGUGUCUUCAAGAACCUGACUGGCGCCCGCCUGACCAAGUCCCCGCCGCCGCAGCUACCAGUCCCCCCAGCACCUUCGCCGGCACAACUCUUCGUCGAUCCUACCAAUGCCACCAGGUCCAGCAGCGAGAUCCCGUCGACCAACAGCCCCGAUGCCCUCGAACAGCUCCGCAGCGGAACGAUAAACGACCGCGUCCAGGCCGCGACGUCCCUUCGAAUAGCCAUCGCCAACUGCCCACUCGCGUCGGUCCUCGAAAUAUGGUACGCGGGCAAGGACCUCAUCGAGCCGGGAAAGGGACAGGCUGCUCGGUUGGCCGGCUGGGAGCUUGUAACGGAAUGCGUGAAGCACAAGGAGUCUACAGACCUGGAGAGGAGGGAGUACUUCCAGACGAUUUCCGUGCCCGCGAACCCCGAAGACUUUCAUCUCCAGCUCGCCGCGCUCGUGGAUCUCACCCGGCGCGGACGUGACGUCUCGGGCUUCGAGUAUGACGUCGUUCCGCUUCUCAUCGCCUGGCUCCAAGUGAAGUUCAAGGCCGUCAAGGACGCCAAGGAUGCCGCCAAAGACGCCGCCAAGGAGGCGCGGAGGAACGGUGCGAGGAGCGUGAGCAGGAACUCCAAGGGGAAGGCGGCGGUUUCGGGGGAGGAGAAAAACUUCCAGCAGCUAUUCGCAUUUGUCUCGGACGUGGUCAAAUUCAACUUCAAAGUCACCGAUGACACCUCGGCCAGCAAUCUGAUCGAGUGCCUGCUCGACAUUUGCAUAUCCACCAGCUCCGAAGAGGACCUCAGAUCUUGCAUCACCGUCUUCAAUUCUAUCGUCACCUUUGGUGCGAUUCCGUCGGGCAACCUUGCUCGAUUCGUCAACGUUCUCAGCUCUAUCUUCAGCAUGGUCCCGAGCCUGGCAAAGGCAGCCUGGCAGGUGCUGUCGAACAUCUGCAAGUCGCACCACGGAAAUGCCAUGGUCCAGGUGCUCCUCAACGUACUGCUGUCGUACAGGGCGAACGGAAAGCCAGAAACUCAGCAGCGCGAACAGCGCGAGGUCAGGGGCACCCUCGAGGUACUCCAAAAGCUGGUCUGGAAGACGUCGGUAAAAGGCUAUCCCGCGGUGCCGCUGAACCCCUUGGUGGAUGGUCUUGUCAACGUCAUCAACAACAAGCCCACGCCCAGAAUCUGCAACGCGCUGCUGCAGCUCAUAAACUCUCUCUUCGACGACGGCACCAGCCGUCUCAACUCGUCCAUUGCCGAUGAGGAGUGGGCCGUCAUAUUAGAGGUAGCCUCGUUAUGCUCCAGGAAGAGCAGGGCGGUCUCGGCGCGGACAGAUGGAGGCGUGUCAUUGGGAAGCUACCCAGGCUCCAUCAAGGCCACGUCGACCGAAAGCUUGGAUCGGGGAGAUCCGAUUGCUCAAGAGCUUGGCCGGUUGGUCGGGCGUCUUGAGCAACUGCUAUUUGAAAAACGCUCCGACUUCAUGCAGCGGCAAGACUGCAUCGUGUUCUUCACCAAGAUCCACGACCUCCUCCCUGACUCUGCGGCGGGUCUCGUUCUGGACUAUUUCGAUGAAUUCCACUGCUGCUUCCCUUCAGACCUGCAGUGGGAAGACAACAUCAAACUAGUCGUGGAAUCUUUCUAUCUUAACCAAGGACGAUCGAGCCUGGUCCGGUCUCGAGGGCUCCGCACAAUCACCGCCGUGAUCGACAUGCUGGAGUUGAUUGGGCAGGAAUCUGGCCAGUACAGCUCCUCUAGCUUGAUAAAGAAUAUUCUUCGGGGGGUUCCAGAAGAAACCGAUAUCAUGGUUCUCCAGGAAACCAUCGCGUUCCUCGUCUCGGUGAGCCCGUCGGCUGACCGGGGUCUUUUCGAGAGCAUUACCGAUUCGCUCAAGGGCGCUCUGGCCAAUGACAGGCUUCGGGACCCUCUGGUCUCUGCGCCCGUGACACCCACAAGUGGUGCGGUGGCAAGCCAGAGCCCGUCCAACGCUGUGGCGACGGGCUACGUGCAGAUAUUCAUGCGAACAAUGGACACAGAUGCCUGGAAGGCCAAUAAAGCUUUCAAUGCCAUCGUACACAUUGCUCGCUCCAAGCAGUGCGAGACCGACGCCCGGUUGACUGCCAUGAAUAUGCUCUUUCGGCUGAGGGCCGACUGGGCUGGCCGUAUCUUCCUCACCACGUUCACUGAGAGUGAAGCGUUGGCGGCCACGCUAUUCCGUACCGAGGCCUCUCUCGCCCGAAAGCUCUCGGAUGAUGCGCAGCAUGCGAGGCCGUCCAGGGUCGAGCAAGUAGGCCCCAACGCGCGGCCCGGCCGAGCAAUAUCGUUCGGCCAGGCCCCGCACGAGCGAGAUAGGGGUAACAUCUCCCGCUCUACAAGCGGCACUGCCUCCAUCCCCGGCGCUACCGCCUCAGUCGGUCGAUAUCGACAGACGUGGUCGCUUCCCGAUCCCGACGCGCUGCCACAGACACCCUCGUCCACCUCGAGCCCGGUUCUGCUCUGCGUUUCUCCCAAGCCAACCGAAAAGAGGCCGCACGUUCCCGCAUUGAGUAUGGCAUCGUGGCUAGAGGCCUUGAUUACGGUGCUCCAUGCUGGCUGCGACUGGGAAAUCUACAGCUUCAUCAUCGUGCACCUCCCCUCGCAGCUUAGCAAUCACGCCUUGUUCAAGGGGGCAAUACCGCAAAUACAGCAGAUCCGAGGCAUACUCUGCGAGAUCAUGCGCAUGAACAUGUUCCAAGAGCCCCCGCUCGCCUCGGGUAUUCGGAAGCCCGAGGUCGCUGUUUGCUUCUACCAUAUCCUAACCAUGAUAAUGAGCUAUCACGCGCACUUUCAGAAGAGUGAAGAGGACGAGAUUGUUCAGACAUUCUCGCGCGGAAUAUCGGACAAGACGGCAAAGUGCUGCAUACACGCCCUGUCCAUGGCCUGCCACGAGCUGCCGCUUUCGACGAGCAGGUGUCUGGUCGCCAUUCUUCAGAAGAUGUCGCAGAUCAUCACGCAACAGGGCGUUGCGAUCCACAUCCUUGAGUUCCUUGCCUGCCUCAGUCGGUUGUCGUCUCUCUACUCUAACUUCAGAGAGGACGAAUAUCGUAUCGUGUUCGGCAUAUGCUUCCGGUAUCUUCAGGACGUACGGAACCGGAGAUCGCUGUCGCGCAUGGGGAACGCGAGCGAGCCACCCACGCCCUCCCCUUUCGGCAACCCAGAUGUGUUUGGCCCACCUGCGCCGUCGGACGAUCUCCCCCAGUACGUUUACGCUCUCGCCUACCAUGUCAUCACGUUCUGGUUCCUGGCUCUCAAACUGCCGGAUCGUGCAAACCAUGUCGGUUGGAUUGCGAAGAACCUGUUCUCCGACGCCGAUGGAGGGCCGCCAGACGAGCAGGCACAGAUCACCAUAGACUUCAUGCAGAGGGUUGCCUUUGCCGACGCCGAUGACUCGACCGAAGAUGCACUCUUCACCCAAGAGAGAUUCGGCGAGAUGAAGGAAAAGUGCUGGAUCAUAGGGAACAGCAUUGUGACUAUCAAGCAGGCCACCAAGAGCGGCUGGGCCCAGAUCACCAAGCGCCAGCCAUCGGGGACCUCGUGCUUCGUCGUCCGCGAGAGCGUGAAGCCCCCAGCGCCACACCAUAUAGGCGCCUCAAAUCAGGAAAAUGGCCGUGACGGCCAGCUGUUGGGGAGCACCGUGUUCCCCAGCCACGUGCUAGUGCAACUUCUGUCCUCGAUUCCGCAGGCCUUCGACUCGACUCUCCGCCCCAUCCCGCUACCUGAGGACGAGGUUGUGGGUCGUGCGAUACGCAUGUUCGACCGCAGCCCGGCCCUGGACGGUCACAAAGUUGGCGUGGUGUACAUAGGCGAGGGACAGACGAAGGAAACGGAGAUUCUAGCCAACGUCUCGGGCAGCAGCGACUACGUUGAGUUCCUGAACGGCCUCGGCACUCUCACCAAGCUGAAGGGCGCCACCUUUAACACUCAGGGACUCGACCGCGAGUACGACACGGACGGCCAGUACACCUUUUGUUGGCGUGACCGUGUCACGGAAUUGGUCUUUCACGUCACGACGCAGAUGCCCACAAAUCUGGACCAUGAUGCGCUCUGCAUCAACAAGAAGCGUCAUAUCGGCAACGACUUUGUCAACAUCAUCUUCAACGACUCGGGUCAGCCUUUCAAGUUUGACACGUUCCCAUCCGAGUUCAACUACGUCAACAUAGUCAUCACGCCCGUCUCUCGAGCCUCAUUUAUAGCCUCGAGGGAGAGGACCAAAAGGCGGGCGGACAAGGAAGCUGGUGGCGAGUCAGCCGAGAGCGGCGGAGCUGAUGAGCAGUCGUCCUUUUACAAGGUCCAAGUCAUGAGCAAGCCCGGCUUUCCGGAGAUCUCCCCCGCGGCAGAUACCAAAAUGGUCAGCCUCCGGGCUCUUCCCGACUUCAUCCGCCUGCUCGCACUCAACGCCUCGGUGUUUUCGCUGGUGUGGUCGAACCGAGCCGGCGGCGAACACGUGGGGACUUGGCGCAACCGCCUCCGCGAGAUCAACAGAAUGCGGGAGCGCUACGGGCCCAAGCCCACGGCCCCGUCCCCGUCGCCCCCUCCUACCGCUUCCGGCGGCGCAGGCAUUGGAGGCAUAGGGUCAGUCAUGGGCCCGUCGUCAAUGCACCCACAGCACGCGAUGGGCGGCGUCGGCGGGAUGGCCGGAUCGACGACGGGCUCGAUAUCGUCGGCGCUAGACGCGUCACGCCCCGCCAGCAGCAUGCGUGAUAGCUUUAGCAGCCUGCGGCGGUCUUCGGUGGCGACUUUCUUCACCACGGCAAGCGAACAGACUUCACACCGCUCCUCCAUGCUUUCGGCGGCCACGACAGAGAACACCGAGGUCGUGGCGGCUGCCAACACUGUCGACUCGCUCGUCAACUCACUCGACUUUUCGAAAUGGGCGGCCUGACGCUGCCUCACACGCCCAGGGGCUUGGCGGCGAGGCUUCUUGGUACACUUUAUGAUUUUUGAUGUAAUCUCUUAUCCGCACAUAAAUGGCACACACCACUCAUGAAAACACGCGGCGAAUUCUCGGGCUUGACCGCAGGAUGAAAGGCAGGAAGAAAAUGGUCUUCCCGGCUGGGGCACCGCCCGAUGCUAGAAAAAAGAGCAGAGAGGGGAACGGAACAUGUUACGAAGGGCGUUCGGGGCAGUUGUUUUUAUGUAUGGAGACAGAAGAUGAGCUAGGAUACCACGGAAAAGUUGAGGCAUUGUAUUUCAUUGGCCCCAGGGCAGCGGUUCGUUACGCGUUCGAUCAGGCAGGCGCCCUUGCUUUCAUAGCUGAAGAUGCCUAGCCGGCGCCUGAUUUUAUAGUCACUGAAGUCGCGUUAGUACUUUGUAGCAGCCGUGAUCCAUUUUAAUCCCUAGCAUCUGUAAAACUGACAUUUCUUUUUGUGGCGGCGUGAGGGGACACCCGUGAAAGAAGGCUGCGGCCACCAAAAAAUUAGCAGUACACCAAAAAAAGCUAAAAGUGGAGACACUUUCCUAGAUCCCGCUCAACAACCCA